GCGCGAGCCAGUGAGUGGAUCAAGGCGAGUGGGUGAGGCGGGGUGCUACUUUCUCUCCUCUGAACUUGACAAAAAAAGGUCUCGUGACUGUUACGCCGGUGGCAGAAACAACGAAAGGCCAGACAGAUAGUAGCGAGUGUCCGUGCAGUCGUGCUACCCGGAGUGUUAUAUGAUACGCGGUGACUUGAUCGACGAAGCUCGCAACAUGGGCACCGUACACAUGCUCUCCACUCUGACUCGUAUUUCUUCGUCCAGUUCGACGCCGAUCGUCGCUAGAGCAUCGAUGUCGACCGCUUCGAGCGCGAAGAAGCUGACUGGAAAAGUUGCCAUCGUAACGGCGUCUACGGAAGGGAUCGGUUACGCCAUCGCCGAACGUCUGGCGCAAGAUGGCGCCAAAGUUGUGGUCAGCAGUCGCAAGGAGGACAAGGUCAAGCAGGCUGCCUCUCGAUUGGCCGCCCAAGGUCUGGAUGUCAUCGGGGCCCCGUGUCACGUGGGAAAGGCUGAAGACAGGGCCAACCUUAUCAAACUGGUCAUCGAUAAGCUAGGAGGCAUCGACAUCCUCGUGUCAAAUGCAGGCAUGAAUCCCGUCAUGGCACCUGUCUUAGAUACACCAGAGGCUGCCUGGGACAAAAUUUUCGACAUAAACGUCAAGAGUGCCUUCCUGCUCACCAAAGAAAUCGUGCCUCACUUAGAGAAGAGAGGGGGCGGUUCCAUAGUCUAUGUUUCAUCCAUAGCGGCUUACCAAUCAUUCCCGCUUCUCGGUGCAUACUCCGUGUCCAAGACGGCGUUGUUGGGCCUCACGCGAGCAGUGGCCGAGCAGGUGGCACCGCUCAACAUUCGAGUAAACUGCAUCGCCCCAGGCAUCAUUAAGACUAAGUUCAGCGAAGCGCUAUGGAAGGAGCCAUCCAUAGAGGCCGCCAUUCUCCCACAAGUCCCGCAAAAGAGGCUCGGAACUCCAGAAGACUGUGCCGGCGUCGUGUCCUUCCUAGUCUCCGAUGAUGCCCGCUACAUCACUGGCGAGAACGUCCCCGUGGCAGGAGGCUUCUUCUGCAAGCUCUGAGAGCGACAUCCACAAGCCUCGCUCUACAACUUGCGCAGCAACGUUGCGCAGAAGAUUCCACGAAACGUUUACGUUGUUAGUUUACCGACAUAUAAAUUUCCAAUAUUCAUAUGUUUUCGAACACAGUGCCUGAGGCACACCGCUGGGUUCCUGUUGCCACGCGGAAGAAUUGCAAAACGCGGUAAUGUCAUACGUUGUUCAUCCAAACUUAGAUGUAAGGAAGCAAAUCUAAAAGGUAUAUAUUCAAUAUCGACAUGUUAUGGAUAUACAUUUAUAUCAAACAGCUGAUCGUAACAGUGAUGCUUGCAUGUUGGAGUCGAGUUUGACUAUCACAUUGUCAAGCCACGAUAUCGCGAAAAAUGGAUGUAAUGAAUUACCGCUUAUAGCGAAGUAAAUCUAAAGUAUGUUGUCGGUAUUGGAAUUUAAUGGACAUAUUCUUAUAAAAAAUAGCAAAUACAACGACGAUGUUUUCAUGUCAUGAGACUUCAUUGUAACGAGGGUUGAUUCGUGUGCUGACUUGCAGGUCAAGUAUAAAUGUUACGGAGCAAAAGUUCGGCAAGCUUUUUUGAAGGCAGCGUGUUAAAUUAUGUUUGUGUGGCAUGGAUGCGUAUUUGUGGCCUCCUGUCAGUGGCUACUGCAUUGAACCGGUUAACAUAUUGACCAUGUACAGUACGGUCUAUUGUAAAAUAGAACGCCCACUCAAUAUUUGACUUCCAAUCAAACCAGUAAUAGGCUAUGCAGGCUCUCUUAAUACAUAUAUGGGAGAAUAUUGCCUCCUGUCAGCCAUUUUCUAUUUUCCUUCCAAACCAGGUCUAAUCAUCUCAGUUACAUAGCUCUGCUAAAGGCCAAGUAUUUUCUGCAUUGGUAGACUUUAACGUACGUUCCAACAGCUCAACUUUAGUGCAAGCCAGAAGCGUACGUCAAGGUGCACGUACCUCUGUACCCCGUCGCUGGAGAUGUUUCUGCCGAGCUGAAGCACGUGGAUGUGUUUUGGCCUGUACUUUUGAGUAUGCAGUGUUAAUCUGCAGGAAAAAGAAAUGCGCGACAUGUGAAGUGCAGGGUCUAUCCUUGUGCCGCAUGGACCAAACACUUGAGAGUGUAUGCCUGCCCCGAGCUCGGGAAAGUGUUGGCCAGUUUUGCAUCGAAAACUGUUACAAGGACACGUCACAGCUGUAAAUUCAGCUCUCUUUCUACAGGCAUCCCUAUUCAGACAUCUGAAAUGGGUUCAUGUUUAGAGACUCCUGGGCUUGGAAAUACAUUAAAGCCUGGGAACCUAUGCUGUAAACGAAAUAAAUGUGUACUGCUGAGGCUGGACCAGACAAGUGGCUGUGAAGGUGCCAAAUGUUGAAGCAGUCUCGAUGAGCAACAGUGCAUUUGUGCAGUGUACGUUCAAAAGCGUUGUGAAUUGUGCGCACCAGUAUUGACAGGUGGAUGGACACAGUCAUUCUGGAAGGCAUGGCGAAGUAGUUUUACAAUGUUCUUACGUGAGCCGUUGUCCAUGGCCAUUUCUACGAAGCUUGCGUUCUUCCGGUGCAUGUGGCGGGCAAAUGGCGACAAGGGGUAGCGUUAUAUCUACAAUUCACGAUUUCACGGUGUGCCAUCCGUCAGCGAUUGUUUGUUAGCCUUGUUUAAGUUUGAGCUAUGCACGUUGAGUUCCUGUUUGACAAGUAAAAAAAAUAAAGCCGUUGCUGUUCACCCGA